GCAACCGUCUGAGGCCUGGGGCGUCUGGGGAAGGCUGCCCGCUGGCCCGGCCCCCGCUCACCAGCCUCGGUUUUCCGCAGGAAUUGUGGGAAACCAAAAUGAGGCAUAAUCAGCUAUGUUGUGAGACACCACUUACUGUCACUGUACAUGUAAAAUCAGAGUCAAUUAAAUCACAUCAGCCUAAAAAACCCAUUAACCUGAAGCGUCCUACUUUUAAAGAUAGUUGGCCAGCAUCUGAAAAAAAUGCACAUAAUAGCAACAAGUCUAAACGCCCCAAAGGACCCUGUCUAGUUAUACAGCGUCAGGAAAUGACUGCUUUCUUUAAAUUAUUUGAUGACGACUUAAUUCAAGAUUUCUUGUGGAUGGACUGCUGCUGUAAAAUUGCAGACAAGUAUCUUUUGGCUAUGACCUUUGUUUAUUUCAAGAGAGCUAAAUUUACUAUAAAUGAGCAUACCAGGAUAAAUUUCUUUAUUGCUCUGUAUCUGGCUAAUACAGUUGAAGAAGAUGAAGAAGAAUCCAAAUAUGAAAUUUUUCCAUGGGCUUUAGGGAAAAACUGGAGAAAAUUAUUCCCUGAUUUCUUAAAGUUAAGGGACAAACUCUGGGAUAGAAUUGACUAUAGGGCUAUUGUAAGCCGGCGAUGCUGUGAGGAGGUUAUGGCCAUUGCUCCAACCCAUUAUAUAUGGCAACGAGAACGCUCUGUGCAUCACAGUGGAGCUGUUAGAAACUACCAAAGAGAUGAAGUUCAACUGCCCCGGGGACCUAGUGCCACACCGGUAGAUUGUUCACUCUGUGGUAGAAAAGGAAGAUACGUUAGACUGGGAUUGUCUUCAUCAUCAUCUUCAUCCAGUGAUACAGCAGAGGUGGUGGAGAAACAUUCUCAGGAAUCACACAACUCAUUCCCAAUGGACAUAAUAGUUGACCCUUCUCAAGCUUAUAGCUGUUCUCAAGCCAAUGACCAUCAAUCAAACAAAGAAAAGAAAACUAAUUUCAUGAUGGAAGACAAAUCUAUGGAGUGGUUUACAGGAAAUGAAGAAUGAGACGGCUCAACUAAACAAACUUGGAAUCAUUAACUACAAAAUGUCAAACUAACUGCAAGACAAGUGUCAAAAUGGGACAUUUAAGCAGUUUCGAAAUGUUACAAAUCUUUCUCUAGCUUUUGUUACUUUUCAAAAUUACAUGUAAAAGUUAUACAAAUCAUAGAAGUAGCUAAGAAUACCAAUCUAUGAAAGUAGUGAUUUGCAAUACAAAGUUCUAUUUUGA